AAAAUUUCUGACUUGGGCAAGCCAGGCAGACUACACGUCAUUUGUACCUUUCAUCUUGGAGAAAGAUAUCUCUGUCUUGUUCCUCGCGGACAUGGCGUCAGAACAUCGCGCUGCCAUUUUCCAAGAGCUCUUGGACUUUUGGGGAGGACCAGAAAGGAUUGUAGCAUUCAUUCGAAAGGAUCACAAGAAAAUUCAAUCCCUUUUGCGUUGGGCCAUUCGUCAGGAAGAUGCUGCCAUUUGUACCUCCAAAAAAGUCAGAGAGACACUUGCUCAUUUUGUAGAGAGUAAGCUUUAUUGAGCUGGUGGUGCUCAGGUAGGAAAGACCCUAUUUUCUCUUUGCUUUGCGGGGGCCAACCUACCAACCAACAUCAUCGAGACCAUACCUGUGGAAUGGCUCAAGGAACUCACGGAUGUAAGAGGAAGCGAGCCCUUCCUUUCAAGCACUCUUCUGCUGCGAAUGGAACAAUGCGAGGAUACAACUUUCAAGGACAAAUUCCCAGAAGUUUGGUGCCCUGUUUGGGGUAGCUUGCAGGAAGAAGAUUGCUGCAGAGCUGUGGGCCUGGUUGUCAGGUGGUGCAAGUUGGCUGGGCUGGAUCGAGAUGGAACAGCUUUUGCCAUCAAAGUUCUGAGAUGUUUACCUCUGCAUGUCUUGAGUGGUUCGUCUCUCGACAUCAUUUACUCACCAGAGCUGCCUGCCCAAGCGGGCACCAUAUAUGUGAUGCAGUUGUUGAAGCAAAAUCGGAAAGAAGAUCGAGAAGAGCUUCGAAGGCUUCGAGAGUUUGUUGACCAGGUUGAUCAGAAGCUGACCCAUGCUGCAGCGGAGGCCAUGCACAUGGCAGAAUAUGCGGAACUGGCAGCAAGGCAUGCUGAAUCAGAGGCCCGCCGUGCCAGCAGGACAGCCCACAAUCGUGCCAGCAGGACAGCCCGCAACGCUGACGAGUGGGACGAGCAUUCGCCCAUCAUCGGACCGGCUCCUCGCCCAUCGCAAACGAUACGGAACCGUCGUCUUGCUCUUGACCAGGGUCGUCUUUCUCUUGACCAGAUCAUACGUCUUGCAAAUGACGAAAUGGCGAUGUGGAGAUUUAGAGCAUGACCACGAGCACUGAAGCCAAGUACCCAAUGCCAUGGGGAACAUUUUUGAGUUACGGGUAUCCCAAUGCCCAUGAUCUUGUAGCAUCAGCAUCGCACAAAGCGACCCUUUCAAGAAAAAA